AUGGACCUUGACACACAACGAGAGAAAUUCUACCAUCCCUAUACACCCUAUGACAUCCAACUCCAGUUUAUGAGCUCCCUCUAUGACUGCAUUGAAGCAGGCAAAGUUGGAAUAUUCGAAUCCCCGACAGGGACUGGUAAAUCGUUGAGCUUAAUAUGUGGCGCUUUGACGUGGCUGCGCGACCACAAGCGCAAAGAAUUCCUCAAGUCGAUAGAUGGAUUGUCUGCUGAUGACGGCGAGCCGGAAUGGAUGGUUGAGUAUGCUAAGAAGGAAAGAACACAGGCUCUGACCCAAAAAUGGAGAGAGCUAGAAGCGCGUCUUGCCAGGAUCAGAAAAGAGGAGGAAAGGAGGAGGAAACUGGCACAAAACGCUGCCCGGCCAAGUAAAAAACAGAAAACUGAUGUUGUGACUCCAAACACCGAGGAUGAUAGCUUCUUCGAGCUGGACGAGUAUGAGAGCGACACAGAAACAGCAAAAAGCGUCUCAAUUUCUGGGUUUAGCGGCAUAGAAGGGCUAUCUGCUAGCACUGUCGCAUUACUUGAUCGCUUCAAAGGCCGAGUCACAGGUCAAAAAGACAAUGAAGGCGACAACGAAAACCAAACCAGAAUCUACUACUGUUCGCGUACUCACUCACAACUGUCUCAGUUUGCCCAAGAGCUUCGAAGAGUGAAUCUUCCAUCAAGUCUUCCAUCGCUGCAGGAGAGUGCAGAAGGAGAAAAACAGGAACAUACCGAGCUGGAAGAAGUUAUCAAACAUUUGACUUUGGGGUCUCGCAAACAACUCUGCAUAAAUCCUCGAGUUUCCAACCUCGGAAAUGCCACGGCAAUCAAUGAGCGUUGUAUGGAACUUCAACAAUCCGGUGUUGCGGCCGACAAAAGGUGUUCGUAUCUACCAACCAAAGAGUCCGAGGGCAUGCUGUUCGAUUUUCGUGAUCGUGUAUUGUCUACAGUCCAAGAUAUCGAAGAUAUUAGCCAAGUUGGAAAGCAACUUGCCAUCUGCCCUUAUUAUGCAGCAAGGAAAGCUAUUGAUCAAUGCGAGAUCAUCACUCUUCCAUAUCCUCUGCUACUCCAAAGAUCCUCUAGAGAAGCUCUGGAUUUAUCCCUUCGAGAUCAUAUUGUCAUCAUCGACGAAGCACACAAUUUAAUGGAUGCCAUCUCAAAUCUACAUUCUGUUUCCGUCACUUUGGAGCAGCUCCGAACUUCACUAUUUCAGCUUACAACAUACGCUCGAAAAUUCCAGACACGGCUCAAGGGCAAAAACCGUGUCUAUGUUACCCAAGUAAUUAGACUUGUGAGUGCCCUGGCAGAGAACCUUCAGUCUCUUUCCGAUAAACACAAGUCAUCGGAAGUUAUCGUUCAAUACUCGGAUCUCGUCUCAGGCAAAGGAGUCGACCAGAUUAAUCCCUACAAAUUGACGCGGUACUUGCAAGAGAGUAAACUAGCAAGAAAAGUUGAUGGCUACGUCGAGAAUGCCAAUAAUCAAGAUGGAAAAGUGAACAAUGGCAAGGCGACACGUGAAAAGACUACAAUACCAGUGCUUUUCCAAGUACAGAGCUUCAUCUUGACGUUGAUGAAUCCUUCGGAUGAGGGCCAGCUGUUCCUCAACAAAGCGGACGGUGGCGUACUUUUAAGAUAUCUGCUACUAGAUCCCACCAGUCACUUCAGAGAUAUCGUUGACGAAGCGCGUACAGUCAUUCUAGCAGGAGGUACCAUGUCACCAAUGUCGGAUUAUUCCGAUCAUUUAUUCUCUUAUGUGUCACCAGAAAAGCUGGACACUUAUAGCUUUGGACAUGUCAUUCCACCGAAGAAUUUGACAGCACGCAUACUCACCAAGGGUGUACUUGGAAGCGACUUCAACUUUACAUUCGAUCAGCGAAAUUCCGAUUCGAUGAUUACAGAUCUGGGUCAGACAAUAGCAAAUAUCUGUGCCGUAAUUCCAGAUGGUGUUGUUGUCUUCUUCCCCAGCUAUGACUACUUGAACCAGGUACUCAACGCCUGGAGAAAGCCAAACAAGACCGGAGGAGCUGUCUCGAUAUUCGCAGAGAUUGAGAAGUAUAAACCGAUAGUUUAUGAGAGCAAUAACCACAAAAAAGAAAGCAACACGGAUGAUACCCUUUUGGAAUAUUCAAAGAAAGUCGAAUCUGGUUCUGGGGCAUUACUACUCUCUGUCGUCGGAGGUCGACUCUCAGAAGGCAUCAAUUUCUCCGACAAACUAGGCAGGGGUGUCUUGAUAGUUGGACUACCAUUUCCAAAUAUUCAUUCAGCUGUCUGGAAAGCGAAAAUUGGCCACAUUGAAAAACAAACAUAUGCAAAACUAACUCAAAAUGAGACAGAAUUGCCUGUGUCCAGACGACGAGAAGCCGAGACAGCUGCCAAAGCAGCGGGAAGAGACUUUUUUGAGAAUUCGUGUAUGAGAGCGGUAAAUCAAUGCAUUGGAAGAGCAAUUCGGCAUAGGAAUGAUUAUGCGGCUAUUGUUUUGAUUGACAGGAGGUAUGAGACGCAGCGGAUUCAGGGGAAGUUACCGACAUGGAUCCGACAAAGUCUGGCGUCUUCUGCUACUUCUAAUAUUCGGGGUGACCUUAUCUCAUUUUUCAAGACACAUCAAUAG